AUGGGUUGGCUUGCAGUCUCGGUGGUUUCUGUCUUGCUUGUGUCGUGCACAUCGUAAGUUGCAGUGUCAACACUUACACCUACACCCAUUCAAGGUUCUUCUUGCCGGAAACCAACUCACAAGAUGAUGGAGAACUGUGGGUAGUCAUUGUGGUCGGUGGGAAAGGCAUCAACAACUACGGUGAACAUGCAAAUGCAUGUCACGCCUACCACAUCCUGAAGGACCGCGGAAUUAAGGACGACCGGAUUAUAUUGCUCAUGCGCGAUGAUGUCGCGAAUAGUGACGAGUAAGCGCUCAUGAUUGCAAUGCAGUCGCACGACAAAUCCAAUGAAACCUGUCUAUUGCCAGAAACUGGGCCUAGAGCGAGAUGAGGGAAGCCCCUAUCCUACAGGUGUGCAAAAAGUUACUUACGUUAGCUGAAAAAUCGUUAGGGCGACAUUCGAACUGUAACUCACGGUUUCUGCUCCAUUUGGAAACAACCGGGCUAGGCAAUAGUAGACGGAAAAAUACAGUAUCCUUAAUUUGCACGCACAUCAAAAUUAGUUGGAUUAUGCAAAUUCCUAGGAAAUCCUCACCGAAGGUUCCGUUAUAUGAGGCUAACUGAGCCUCAAAUCGACUCUUUAGAGCUCUGCAAUUUGUAAGAUAACGACAGGCUUUGUUGCACUGGAGUUUGUUGUACAGAGGCUUGACUGUAUUUUGCCUUUCUUAACACAUGAUUUUUUUAGCAACCCGUUCAAGGGAAAGCUGUUCAAUCAUCCAAGUCUGAGCCAUGACGUCUACAAAGGCUGCACGAUUGACUACAACAGCAGCAAUGUGACACCCGAAACGUUUAAGAAUGUGUUGAUCGGGAACAACACUGGUGAUGGGCCGGUCCUGGAGUCUACGGAGAAGGAUCGGUUGUUCAUCUACUUCACCGACCACGGCGGACCCGAUGUCCUUUUGUUUCCCGACGCGUGGGAGCAGCCCGAAGGGCAGACGUUUUCUUCUGCAGACUUGGACGAGUCCUUGCGAAUAAUGACAGAGAAAAAGAUGUAUAAGGAGAUUCUCUUCUACGUCGAAGCCUGCGAGUCCGGCAGUGUUACCGAAAACGUAAUUCCAAAAUAUCCCAACGUUCUGGCGAUUACCGCAGCCUCUCCUACUGAAAAUGCGGCGAUGACGUAUUGCAAAGACUAUUCCGGUAACUACAUCUGCCUUGGUUGCGAGUUUUCGGUGGCAUGGCUGGAGUAUGACGACGCCAACAACACAAAUACUCAUACGCUUCAGGAUCAGUUUGAGGUGAUAAAAGCAGGCACCAAAUACAGUCACGCCAGCAUUUACGGAGAUCGCAAGCUGCUGAACAGAAAGAUCAGCGACUUCCAAGGAGUGCAAAAGCAAAUCCGCCCUCAAAUUGUGAGUGUAGACUUAUUCUCGGUUUGUUUCACUCCGUCGCAAAAAUAAUACUUUUUUCGAGCCUGUUAAUUUCCCAACAGCGCCGCACGUCAAACUGAGGAGUCCGGUGACCGGAAUAGACUCUUCGCUAUCGGUUUUUUACACUUCGUCUUAAUUUCGCAGAGAAAUAGAGAAAAAAGACACGCAAAAACGUACUCUCUCGCCCCAAAAAUUCCCCAUUUCUCCCCCGACAAAACGUUUUUUCGCGUCUUUUUUUUUGACAAACUGCCAAUCCAUUCACCGGACUGUUUUAGCUUAUCUCAGUUUGACGUGCGCCGGUCUAGCUGGCGCAUGGCUCUGUGACACUUUGUUGCGACAAAUCCAUAUUAUUUUUCCGACGGACUGUUACAGUAAGAAUAUUUGUGCAACAAACUCCUGAACCCUCUGUAUAAGGAGCAAUUUCAGAGGUCCAAAGUAAAAUUUUUGGGCCAAAGUUAUCUCCGUGUAACAAAACCCUUCUGUAAAAAUCUGUUUUUUGUACCUUUCGCUGCGCAGAGGUUUCACUACAGUGUACAGCGACGGACCUGAUUAAGCGGCAAAAGACGUACAAUUUUGCAUCCAGGAAGUAUCGAAAAUGUAGCAAUUGCCUCCCUCUACAACCAAAAAACCUCGUUUUGAAAGGCGCGCCCUUUCGCUCACAAAAAGAGCGGGCGUGCGAGUUUUUCAAUUGGAGAGGGAGGUGUUUUGCCACAUUUUUUUAGUACUUCCCGGAGGCAAAAUGCUACAUUUUCUGCCACUGAAUAAGGCCCUCCAUUGCAUUUACCAUGCUCUUUUGCGCUAUUAUUGGAACAAAAUGUAUCUCCGUAUAGCAAAACUCCUCUAUAAUAACUCUAUUUUCUGGCUCCAUGCGAUUCGCUGCGCAAAGUUUCCACUGUAUCUUCCAUGCUUUUUUGCGCUACUAGUUUAUAUUGCUCGCUAUAAACAUCAACAUUUUCAGGCGACGGAUAAGUAUGAAUACGAGUCAAUCCCAAUAAGACAGGUCCCAAUAUGGCGCAGAGAGAAACAACUUCAAAGAGCUGUUGCCAAUAGAAAUGAAGAAGAGAUUGCUCGUCUGCAGAUGGAGUUGUUGGAAUUGAAAGAGUCGCUCAAAAACGCCGGUCACUCAACGGAUUGA